AUGACGGAAAGUUCGAACUCGCCAGCGACGCCAGGAGAAAGCGAUGCCACCAAGCCGCAUGCGAUGGACGAAUUAGCGAAAGAAGUGGAAAGCCUGACCAUUGAAGCGUCCCCGAAAGUGGAAGACUCUCAAUCUACUGGGAAGCCCCCGUAUGAGGAUUCACGACAGCAUCGCUUCACAGAGUUCUUACGACUUUGCCGUGCUGGUGACCACGAAGCGGUGCGAAAACAACUGGAGGGACUGCCGAACCGGAUCCACUUGUUGAGGCCCAAAGAUGAGAAAGGAAAGACGGCCUUGUUCCAUGCAGCAGCAACACAGCAUCGCGACAUUUUGGAGCUUCUUAUUGAAAAAGCCGCGGAAAUUUCGCGCGGUAUCAACGUCACCGACAGCCUUGGAAGGACGCCGCUGAUGAUAGCUGCGCGUGAAGCCAGGCUCGAGAACGUUCUGAUACUUCUAGAAGCGGGCGCCGACAAGAUGAUUGAAGAUCAUGAAGGCCGCCGAGCCAUUGAUUAUGCCAGUCCGCUUUGGAUGAAGACGGAUAUAUCUCCACGUCGCAACACACCCAUGAGCCAGCUGAUCGAGGGGAUGCUUCGCACCGAGAUUGCUCGGGCACUCCGGCGCGACGAAGACGGCGCCACUUCUAGCGAAAGUGCAGAGACCAGUGAGGAAUGCGAGCAUCAACGGAUGUACGUUUUCGAGCGUUCCACGGCGAAAGACGGAGCAACGGUUACGAGUCUGGUGGUAAAGUCAAAAUCGACGGCACAGAGCGACCCUAAUCAGCGACCUCCCCAAGCAAUCCUAGAAGAGAAGCAGGAGAUAUCCGAGAUGAAGUGCGCUCACUUCAUCAGCGGGAUCUGGAUGUCGUCAUCUGAUCUCGGGUCGGCAAAACUUGUAGUCCGUGAAUUCACACUUCCUAGCUGGCAGAGUCAGAAGUGCCUGGGAUUUCUCGAAAUGAAAGGGGUCCAGACUUGGGCGAUGAGCGGAUAUCGACAUGACGGAAAAGAACAUAGCGUGUUAUCGGGAUGCUGGUGGACUGCAAAGGCGAUAGAAAUUGCCGAGGAUAUUGGCUUCAAAUUUGGGGGCGACGAGAGGCGUCUAGCUUGCCAUGUUGAGCCGCAACUCAUGGCGUGGUAUUUGAGCCAGCGAGGCAUCAGCUUGGCGAAGAUAUCUGCUCUGACUUCCCCCAGUGUGGCACGUUGGCGGCCCAGGGGGAUCAAGAUCUGGGUAAGUCAUGUUGUGUGCCCCUCUUGUCGUUCAUUUGCGGCACACCUCAAUUUCUUCACCUGGAAGUACCAUGGUUUCGAAUUCAAUCUCCAGGGGAUAUCCCAGAAGAGGAAUGAAGAGCGGGAGUCUUUGUGGAGCAGGACCUCUCCGAUGUGGUACCAUCGGGGAUGA